UUGGCCGGCCGAGGUCUCAGUGGGAUCAGACAGCUCUCCACGGAAUGUUACAGUUUAACCCGACUCAUCUUGCUUUCUGUGUCUCUUACUAGAUCUCGGAGAGACAUAAAUUACCAGAGAAGAUUCACUCAUUCCGGGGGUGACCCUGUGUGCAUGGAGCAGGUCUAACUAGAGGAAGAAACAAGAAGCAGAACCUAGAUGAUUCCCACAACAAUCCUCAUUUCAGCUGCUUUGCUUUCCUCUGCCCUAGCAGGACCAUGGGCUAACAUAUGUGCCAGCAAAUCUUCCAACGAGAUCCGGACGUGUGACAGCUAUGGCUGUGGACAGUACUCUGCUCAAAGAACCCAAAGGCAUCACCCAGGUGUGGACGUCCUGUGCUCGGAUGGAUCUGUGGUGUAUGCACCAUUCACUGGGAAGAUAGUGGGCCAGGAGAAACCCUAUAGAAACAAAAAUGCCAUCAAUGAUGGCAUUCGACUGUCUGGAAGAGCAUGGGAAUUAGCUAAUUAUGGACCACCAGACAAGCCCAAUGAAGAGUCUGCUUCUCUGUUUCAUGAGUGAAGGAUAAGGUUGGUUUUUUUGGUUGGGUUGGUUGUUUGUUUUUUCUUUUCUUUUCUUUUUUUUUUUUUUACAUUUUGAAAGGGUUGUAAAUAAUCUGAAGCAUUAUACUGCAUGCCCUAAGAACUGCAUGGCACAGACUUUAAUGCUCACAGAGCAAGUCUGCACGGCACGCAGCCAUGUGCUUCCCUUUCUGCAUUGUCAGUGCUGGCCUUCCCACGGCAGCUGAGGAGCUGAGGAGCUGAGGAGCUGAGGAGCUGAGGCAGAGCUGCUGAGGUCUCAAAACCCAGACGACGUCUUCUCUGGGCUUUUCUGACCCCUUGCCAGGAGAAAUACAUUUCCCCUCUCUCACUCACUUCCGUAUCUUCAGACCUACGACAGUGUCUGGCACAUAGUAGUCAAUAAAUAUUUGUCCAAAGAAUGAAUGAAGAGCUAUAGUCUUACGUUUCUUUUCUAGCAGAUUUAAACAAUGUAAAUGGAACUAGUUACAUGUUUUUGAAGUUAUCGAAAAAUAAAGCUUAUUAAUGAUUUGCCCUCAAGAUUGGCAGAAUCCCAUUUUCAGAUUUGCUAUUUCUGACAAAAUCAGAAAGUGUGGAAACAAAAUCCAAGGAAAGGUCCUUUUUCCUUCCACAAAAUCAAUUUUGGCUGUAUUAGAGGUUCUACCAGCCCUGUUAGGAUGAACACGCUGGUUUAUAAACGUGUAAAUAUGUUGACUCACACUAAUUAAAAACGGUUUUCCACAUAGUAGAGGACUAAAGACCUCCUAAAUUAUUAUAGAACUGUAACGCCUUUUCAAGAACUAUAAAGUUGAUCUUUUUCCCCUCUUUAAUCAGCUCUGAAUUAGCUGUUUUAUUUUGAGGAACACUGACAUCAGGCCAACCUGACGCUGUGGUUUAUAAAUAAGGAAGUACCUAGUUAGCACGGGUAACUUGUUAUCUGAUUACUUAUAGAAUUCUAAAUCCCCAAAUGACCCAGUUUUUUUUUUCCAGCAUAUCUCUUAAAAAGAUAACAGGCUGGCAGAAAGCCUGGCCAUAAAAGCCAUGACCCAGUUUAUAGGAGAGAAGAUGUAGUUAUCCCUGUCUACUGUGGGAGGUUCCCAUGGGUUGGUUUUUAUCAACUUCAUUACCUCCAUAAUGAAAUGCUUUUAUAAAAACAAAUACUAUUUUAACCUGGGUUUAUGGUGAUUUAAAAAAAAAAAAA